AGGCGUUGCAAUGGAUUUUAGAAAAUAUUCCUGAAUUUAGAGAUGAAAUUGUUGAUGUUAGUGAUGAUUAUAAUGCUCUUCAGUUUGCAAUGUACCAGGAUAAUAUUGAAGCGGCUAUAUGUAUUUUAGAAAAUGCUUAUGUAUAUAGAGAUGUUACAAUAAAAAUUAAUGAAGAGCUAAAUAUUCUUGGAUACACAAUUCGACAUAACCAAUUAGAAGCAUUACAGUGGAUUUUAGAAAACAUUUCUCAAUUUAGCGAUGAAGUUGUUGACGUAUGUGAAAAUAAAAAUGCUCUUCAAUAUGCAAUAAGUAGAAAUAAUCCCAGAGCCAUUAAAUGCCUUAUAGAAUAUUCUCAAAUAUAUAGAGAUUUAGCAAUAGUAGAUGAAGAGCUAAAUAUACUUGACUGGGCUAUUAAGAAUAAUAGACAUGAGAUAAUCAAAUAUCUUUCAACAUUUAUUUUACAAUACUGUGAUAACAAUACAUAUUAG